AGGGCCGGGCGGGUGUGGCCGGGUCAGGGGCCCCGCCUGGCGCCCGGGACUGGCUGGGCUCCGCCCCCAGCAUAUGCCGCGCCCCGCCUCGGGCUCUGCCAGCGGCCCCCGUUCUCCAUGGCAACCGAGCUCAGUGGUCCCGGCGGAGGGGAAUCGAUCCUCCUCCUCCCCCCGCACCCGCCUGCCUCCCGCCUUCCCCGCCGGGGCUCGCGGCAGCGUCUCUGUCCGUCCGUCCGUCCCGCGUCCAGCGCCCCCCACUGCUGGCCCAGACAUGGGCGCCAGCAGAGCUGCUGGCCGGGGCUGACUCCCUGAGGCGGUGGCCAUGGGGAGCCCCGUGGAUGUCUGCAGAGGUGGGGGGGCCCGUGCGGCCCCCGGCGCUGCUCGGACCCCUUCCCCCCCUCCCGCAAGGGGUCCUCGGUGAGCCCUGUCAUGGCCGUGUAAGCAGCCGCGCCCAGCACCCCGCGACUGUCUCCCACCGGCGGGAAGGCGGCGUCCAAGAUGAUCGUGAAGGAGUACCGCAUCCCCCUGCCCAUGACUGUGGAGGAGUACCGCAUCGCCCAGCUCUACAUGAUCCAGAAGAAGAGCCGGAACGAGACCUACGGCGAGGGCAGCGGCGUGGAGAUCCUGGAGAACCGGCCCUACACGGACGGCCCCGGCGGCUCCGGGCAGUACACGCACAAGGUCUACCACGUGGGCAUGCACAUCCCCGGCUGGUUCCGCGCCAUCCUGCCCAAGGCCGCCCUGCGCGUGGUCGAGGAGUCCUGGAACGCCUACCCCUACACCCGGACCCGGUUCACGUGCCCCUUUGUGGAGAAAUUCUCCAUCGACAUCGAGACCUUCUACAAGAGCGACGCCGGAGAGAACCCCGACGUGUUCAGCCUGUCUCCCGUGGAGAAGAGCCAGCUGACCAUCGACUUGAUUGACAUCGUCAAGGACCCCGUGUCCCCCGGCGAGUACAAGAUAGACGAGGACCCCAAGCUGUUCCACUCGCUGAAGACGCAGCGGGGGCCGCUGCCCGACAACUGGAUUGAGGAGUGCCAGCGGCGGCUGCUGCCCCUCAUGUGCGCCUACAAGCUGUGCAAGGUGGAGUUCCGCUACUGGGGCAUGCAGUCCAAGAUCGAGAGGUUCAUCCACGACACGGGCCUGCGGAAGGUGAUGGUCCGCGCCCACAGGCAGGCCUGGUGCUGGCAGGACGAGUGGUUCGGGCUGAGCAUGGAGCACAUCCGCGCGCUGGAGAAGGAGGCCCAGCUCAUGCUCUCGCGGAAGAUGGCCCAGUUCGCCCAGGACCAGGAGGACGAGGCGGCGCCCCUGGAGCUGGCCCCGGCGGCCCCCGACCGGGCGCCCCGGGAGUCUCCCCAGCCGGGCGGCAGCAGCAGCGGGGAGCCCCUGGCCGGCCGCGGCCUCAAGAAGCAGUGGUCCACGUCCUCCAAGUCCUCGCGCUCGUCCAAGCGGGGAGCCAGCCCCUCCCGCCACAGCCUCUCGGAGUGGCGGAUGCAGAGCAUUGCCCGGGACUCGGACGAGAGCUCCGAGGAGGAGUUCUUCGACGCGCACGAGGACCUGUCCGACCCCGAGGAGAUGUACCCCAAGGACAUCAGCAAGUGGGACUCCAACGACCUCAUGGACAAAAUCGAAGGCCCUGAGCCCGAGGCCACGCAGGACGGCCUGUUUCGCCAGAGCAGCCCCGAGUACCGGGUCCUCUCCAGCGUGGAGCAGCUGAACAUCAUGGAGGAUGAGGCCAGCCCCCCGCUAGUGGCCGCGCCCUCCAAGAUCCACGUGCUGCUGCUGGUGCUGCACGGCGGCACACUCCUGGACACGGGUGCGGGGGACCCCAGCUCCAAGCAGGGCGACGCCAGCACCAUGGCCACCGUCUUCGACUCCGUCGUGCGGGUCCACUACCCCAGCGCCCUGGGCCGCCUUGCCAUCCGCCUGGUGCCCUGCCCGCCCGUCUGCUCCGACGCCUUCGCCCUCGUUUCCAACCUCAGCCCCUACAGCCACGACGAAGGCUGCCUGUCCAGCAGCCAGGACCACAUCCCCCUGGCGGCGCUGCCCCUGCUGGCCACCUCUGCGCCCCAGUACCAGGACGCCGUGGCCACGGUGAUCCAGCGGGCCAACCUGGCCUACGGGGACUUCAUCAAGUCCCAGGAGGGCGCGGCCUUCAGCGGGCAGGUCUGCCUGAUUGGGGACUGCGUGGGUGGCGUCCUGGCGUUCGACGCCUUGUGCCACAGCAACCAGCCAUUGUGUGAGAGCCAGGGCAGCAGCCGCCGCGGCAGCGUGGCCAGCGUGGCCAGCGUGCAGGACACGGACCUGCUGGCCCCGGGCUGCUCCAGCGGCAACAGCCUGGAGAGCAGCCGGCACCUGAGCCGAAGCAACGUCGACAUCCCUCACAGCAGCGGCCCCGAGGACCCCAAAAGGCAGCUGCCCCGCAAGAGAAGUGACUCGUCCACGUACGAGCUGGACACCAUCCAGCAGCACCAGGCCUUCCUGUCCAGCCUCCACGCAGGGGUGCUGAGGAAGGAGUCGGGCGCUCGCCGCUCAAGCAGCUCCACCAUGCUGGACGGCGCCGGUGCCCCGAGCAAGUUUGACUUCGAGAUUGCCGACCUCUUCCUCUUCGGAUGCCCGCUGGGGCUGGUCCUGGCCUUGAGGAAAACCGUCAUCCCAGCCCUGGAUGUUUUCCAGCUGCGGCCCGCCUGCCAGCAAGUGUACAACCUCUUCCACCCCGCCGACCCCUCGGCCUCGCGCCUGGAGCCGCUGCUGGAGCGCCGCUUCCACGCCCUGGCGCCCUUCAGCGUCCCCCGCUACCAACGCUACCCGCUGGGGGACGGCUGCUCCGCGCUGCUGGUGGAGACCGUGCAGAGACACCCGCAGCUGGUCCUGGAGGGCCCCCCUGGCCCGGCCCCGUCCGGGGACGGCUUCCUGGAGACCAGCAUCCCUGUCCCCGCGCCCCGGCCCGGCCCGGGCGGCGUGGAGUCGGACGCGCUCCAGGCCCACAACACAGUCUUCCAGGAGCACACGGCCCCCUCCUCUCCCGGGGCGCCCCCUGCGCCCCGCGGCUUCCGCCGGGCCAGCGAGAUCAGCAUUGCCAGCCAGGUUUCGGGCAUGGCCGAGAGCUACACGGCGUCCAGCAUCGCCCAGAUCGCAGCCAAGUGGUGGGGCCAGAAGCGCCUCGACUACGCCCUCUACUGCCCGGACGCCCUGACGGCCUUCCCCACCGUGGCCCUGCCCCACCUUUUCCACGCCAGCUACUGGGAGUCCACGGACGUGGUCUCCUUCCUGCUGAGACAGGUCAUGCGUCAUGACAAUUCCAGCAUCCUGGAGCUGGACGGCAAGGAGGUGUCGGUGUUCACGCCCUCCAAGCCCAGGGAGAAGUGGCAGCGCCGGCGGACCCACGUGAAGCUGCGGAACGUGACAGCCAACCAUCGGGUCAACGACGCGCUGGCCAACGAGGACGGCCCACAGGUGCUGACCGGUCGCUUCAUGUAUGGGCCCCUGGACAUGGUCACGCUGACCGGGGAGAAGGUGGAUGUGCACAUCAUGCUGCAGCCGCCCUCGGGGGAGUGGCUGUACCUGGACACGCUGGUGACCAGCAGCAGUGGCCGCGUCUCCUACACCAUCCCCGAGGAGCAGCGCCUGGGGGUGGGCGUCUACCCCAUCAAGAUGGUGGUCAGGGGCGACCACACCUUCGCGGACAGCUACAUCACGGUGCUGCCCAAGGGCACAGAGUUUGUGGUCUUCAGCAUCGACGGUUCCUUUGCCGCCAGCGUGUCCAUCAUGGGCAGCGACCCCAAAGUGCGGGCCGGGGCCGUGGACGUGGUGCGGCACUGGCAGGACCUGGGCUACCUCAUCAUCUACGUGACGGGCCGGCCCGACAUGCAGAAGCAGCGGGUGGUGGCGUGGCUGGCACAGCACAACUUCCCCCAUGGCGUGGUGUCCUUCUGCGACGGCCUGGUCCAUGACCCUCUGCGGCAUAAGGCCAAUUUCCUGAAGCUGCUCAUCUCGGAGCUGCACCUGCGCGUGCACGCGGCCUACGGGUCCACCAAGGACGUGGCGGUCUACAGCUCCAUCAGCCUGUCCCCCAUGCAGAUCUACAUCGUGGGCCGGCCCACCAAGAAGCUGCAGCAGCAGUGCCAAUUCAUCACCGACGGCUACGCGGCUCACCUGGCCCAGCUCAAGUACAACCACCGGGCGCGGCCGGCGCGCAACACGGCCACCCGCAUGGCGCUGCGCAAGGGCAGCUUUGGCCUGCCCGGCCAGGGCGACUUCCUGCGCUCCCGGAACCACCUGCUCCGCACCAUCUCGGCCCAGCCCAGCGGGCCCGGCCACCGGCACGAGCGGCCGCAGAGCCAGGCGGACGGCGAGCAGAGGGGCCAGCGCAGCAUGAGCAUGGCCGCCAGCUGCUGGGGCCGAAACGCAGCGGGCAGACCGGAGCCCGGGUCCACCGCCGGCCCCAAGUAGGCGCUCGUCGCGAGCGCGGUGGUCUCCAUGGUGCUAGGCCUGGCCUGGGCACACAAUCGGCUGGGGACAAGCUUGUCCAGGGCUCCCACGGAGGACUUGGGACGUGCCACCGACAGCCCUCCCAGCCUCACCGUAUGUUCUUGGGACCAGAGGUUCCAGCGUCACAAAGGCUGACGGGACAAGCCACUCAGGAUGAUGGAGGGGCUGCCCCCAUCGGGAAGACACACUGGACAGGUGCCUCGCAUUGGCCUGGGCCCAGCCUGCCACCACCCGACGCACUGUCCACCCUGACCCCUGGUCCCCUCCCACUCGGCAGCGCCUCUGACAGGGGUCCUGCCUGCUUCUGUUAGCACGAGUCACUCAACUGUUGGACCUCACAGGUCCUGCACUGACACUGGACAGAGACCCACAACCAUCUUCUGUCUGCGGGCACGUGGACGUGCAUGAAGUCAACCUUGCCCACCCAGGACCUACUGCCACGUGGAAAGGCCCGGGCAGCAGAGCCACGGGCAGUGGGGGGCAAAGCCCAAGCUCCAGCUCUGCAGCGUCCCUGCCGCCCGGCCCCAGCCAAGCCCCGGGCACAGCCCAGGUGGCGAGGCUGCCAGGGGCUGGGGCUUGGCCGGGUCCUGCUCCUCGCCUGCCCCAGUCCGGCCCCAGCCUCCUCGCCCCUCCCUGCGUUUCUACACCUUUCUACUUCUCCGAUCUGAUUUCUAUGCGGGUUUUUUUAAAUGAGCGAUCCUUGAUCCUUGGCUGCUUCCUUUUCUUAACUCAGUUCCAAGUGCAGCCCCUCCACGUGAUACGUCCAGCACUGUGAUGGAGUCCGGCCUGGCCUGGGUCCCCGGGUCCCGCCCUCUGCCCGUGCAGGGGUCACGGGCUCCCUGCCUCACCCAACCCCCAUGAUUUUCACCCAAUUUCUACUCUGGGAUGGGUGGGACACACACUCGGGUUUGGGUUUUUUUUUUUGUCUUUUUUUUUUAAUGCCAAUUGUUUUGUCGCUGAGUCUAAGAAGCCACAACUCGCUUUGUGAGCUCAUGAGCAGGCGGCCAGGCGCGCCCGCCCCAGAGCACCCCUCUGCUGCCACUCCCGCCCGCCUUCUCCGAGGUGGGGACAGGGCGCCGGGCCCCAGCGCCAGGCCCCAUGUGGAGAAGCGGACGCCCGUCUCUGUGUGUAGAUAUGUACAGCCAGAUGGGGCGUGUAAAUGUUCUGCAAAGCGGGGCUCUAGAGAGUGAAAGCUAUUUAUUUUGUGCAGAGAGGAAUGUCUGGAGGGAUGGAACCUUCAGGGUUUAUUCAUAUAUUUAAGAUGUAGCUUUUCAUUGUUCCGGACGUUAUGUAUAAAGCGACAAUUAUCUUAUGGACCAAGAUUUAACGUGACAGUUGCCGUGGAAGUGCAAUAGCUGAGUCUGGCCUAGCAGGACCCGCUGGGCCAGACACACACGCCCCAGGGGCCCCGUGGCAGUGCCUCACCCCUGCCUCCACCCCGGGAGCAGCCAUCGGGAGCGCCUGCAAUAAAGGCCAUGUGGGUGCGGGCCCUGCCCCCGCCUGCCCGCCCAGUGCCAGCCAUGCCAAGGACAGAGCAAUAGUCCCUGGGCCCUUCAGGGGCCCGCAGCCAUAGGUGGCGACAUGGGCAUCCCUCCCGCCGUGUCCUCUCGAUUCGGAUCUGCUUCUGCCUCACCCAGACCCCUGCGUCACAUUCUUCUCCAGAAACACGGAGGGCAGAGCCCCUUAAAAAUACCAAAAAUGUUUACAGCGUUGGGUGCUGAGCUGCAGGGCUCAGGCCUGACCAGCCUACCCAAAGGGUGAGCAAGACUGCCACCCCGCCCCCGGCCCCUUGAGUAGAAGCCUUAGCCCCCUACCCACACCCCCGCCCCGCCCUCUGGUUUCUGAAGAGGGACUCGGCAGAGACCCCGCCCCGCGCCCAGCUCAGUCUGAGCUGCCUGCCACCCGCCUUGUCACCGUCUUCACGUCUCCGUCCUUCCCACUGUCUGUCCGUCCGGGCACGUGUGGCCUGACCCCGCCCUCCCUGUCCCUGCGCCACUGGGCCUGAGUGUGUGCGUGUGUCACUGUCUGUUACACCAAUUAAAGCAGCAGGAAGGCUUC